ACUUUUGCCUUGGACGGACUGUUGUUGUUGUUGUUAUUGCUGCUGCAUCCCUUCGUCUCUCACGCACACACACACACUCUCUCUCUCGUUCGCACUCGGCUCUCUCGGAAUUUUCAGAAAGGGCGCGCUUGUACUUUUUUUUUGUUGAAAACAUUCUCCUUCUUUUGGUUAUUCACUGCACUUCUUUCUUCCUUUGCAAAUCAUAGCACAGCUUGACCUUCUCUUCUUCUUACCUUUCCAUUUCUAUCAGUAUAUUGCUGCUUCUCUUUCCCUUUCUCUCUCUCUCUCUCUCUUUUUCUUUCUUUCCUCGUCCUUUUCCCCUCCGCUUUAUUUAUUACGACCUCAAAUACUUGUGCUUACCUACUCAUAAUUCCCUUAUGUUAUCACCAUGCAUUACUCCGCCUAGCUCCGCAACGCUUCAAGAGAUUGUCAACACCCACACUGAUGUACUGCUCGACUGCCUGGUCGCUGUAUACGCCGACCUUUGUAAAGACGAGACGAUACAGCCACAGCAAUGUGAAUCACUUUUCCGCCGCGUCAAACAGCUCCGUGUAAACAAAGGCGAUUUUGAGCAUAUCCGACCACUCGCACGGGGCCAAUUUGCUCAAGUAUCCAUUGUUAGACACAAGCAUGAUGGUCAUGUCUAUGCCAUGAAAACACUCAACAAGGCGCAUGUUCUGUCACACCACGAACGGACAUUUUGCAUGGAAGAGCGGCACGUAUUAGCGCAACCGGGCCAAUCAUGGAUCCCAAAACUGCACUGGGCGUUCCAGGACGACGAUCAUUUGUACUUGGUCAUGGAGUAUGCAGGUGGCGGUGAUUUGUUUAGUGCUCUUUUACGGCAAGACAAUGAAUGCUUAACGGAGGACGAAGCACGGUUUUAUAUUGCAGAAACGAUUGUCGCCGUCGAUAGUUUACAUAAGAUGGGCUAUAUUCACCGGGAUAUUAAGCCGCAAAAUAUUUUAAUCGAUCAUACGGGUCAUGUCAAAAUAGCCGACUUUGGAUCCUGCAUCUCCAUUGCUGACGCCAAGAAAUCGCCGCCAACAGUGGCAGUAGGCACCUGUGAUUAUGUAGCACCAGAGGUGCUACAAGCUCAAGAGGGUAAUAUGACGUAUGGUACAGAAGUCGACUGGUGGUCCGUCGGCAUCGUACUUUAUGAAGCGCUUCAAGUAUUUCCACCAUUUUACAGCAGCAAUAGCGAAAAAGAAACAUACUUGAAUAUCCUGUUCCACGAGUCCAAGCUCACAUUCAACGACGAUUUCCCAAUAACGGCCGAAUGCAAAGAUCUGAUUUGCAAGCUGCUAUCCAAACGAGAAACUCGAUUAGGCAGGAAUGGCGUUCAAGAGAUCCAGGCCCAUCCGUUCUUUGCUAGUAUUAAUUGGGAAAAUUUGCGCAAAACAAAACCUCCCUUUCAGCCAAUUUUGACAUCACCCGACGACACAUCCAAUUUUUCUGACGCCAACGAAAGCGAAGAGCCAUUUGACGAUUAUUCAUGGACAGCAGCAACACAGCAACAACGUUAUAUGCCGUUUAUCGGCUACUCUUUUUCUGGUGUUAGUACUACGUUGCAAAAAUCAUUAUCGUCACCAUCACAACGGCAAAGCGAGCUACAGCAGUUACGUGACGACAACGAGCGACUACUCCUCCAAAUCAGUCGAGAGGCACAUAAAAAGUGCACCGACGAAGAUAAUAUUAAUACAGUCAAGCUCCAAGAUGCGCAGAAACGCAUAGAUGCAUUGCUCAAAGACAAUGAUCGAUUAAAAUCACAGUAUGAUGAUAUCCAACAACUGUUGCAGAGCGAGACGAAUCAACGGCAAAAGCUAUCGAUCGAGCUCAGCACAGCACAGCAGCAAAUUGAGCAAUUGUUAGCAGCUGCCAAAGACGGUGAUAUCCAACAAAGAGAAAAGGAGCAGGAUUACAAUACAGAACGACAAAAACUGUUGAAAGACCUCGACGAUUUACAGCAAUCAUUACGGCAGCAACAGCAUGAAAUGGAUCGACGGAAAAAUUCAGACGACGAGCAAAUAGCCCUUUUGAAUGAUACGAACGGACGGAUACGAGAGUACGAAGCCGAAAUCGAACAUCUGCACGACGAUAACACUCGGAUACGAAAGCAUCACGAAGACGAGGUUCAAUGCCUACGUGAUGAAAAUGUACAGCGGGAAAAGCAGUACGAAGACGAACUCGAGCUAUUGCGUGCCGAGAACUCUCGUUUGCAAAAGCAGCACAAACACGAACUCGAGCAAUGGCAUACUGCCACAAACAUACAGACUGUACAAAAGCAAUACGAGCACGAAAUGCAGCUGCUGAAUAUCGAAAAUGGUCAGUUGCGAAAACAGCAUAAAAUUCAGGUCCAGCAGCUGCAAGAUGAACAAUUACGAUUACAACGACAGAGUGAAAAAGAGCUUCGACAGCUGCGUGAUGAGAGGGAGAACGCCGUGCAGCUACUACGCUCUGAGCUUGUCCAGCUGAGGAAAAAUUGUGAAAGACAAGAACACAAAGAUGGAGCACUUUAUAGCGAGAAUCAGCGUCUCAGGUCCGAAACACAGUUGCUAUGCGAUCAAAUUGCCACACUUAAAGGUAGCACCAGCAAUGGUAACCUUGACGACAACAAUAACGACGACUGUCGUCAUAGUAACGGCAUAACUAAAAUACUGUCAGUGUCUAUGGAGCAACAAAAGAAACAUGCGAUGGGUACUACCGCUGCUAGCAAUACGAAAGAAAAGGAACAACAGGUGCAAUCUAGUACUGUGCUUGCAGCACAACACCAGAAGGCAUUACCGCUAUUACCUAUACCUACACGGGAAGGGCUGCUGAAAAUGGCAGCAUCACCAUUGUCCUCAACAGCAACAUUAUCACUUGCAGAAUUUCAUGUUAAGCUUCAAAAUGGAGUUCUGUACGCCACUAGCACUAGCAUUGCUCAGAAGCAGCCGCAGUUGGUACUUGAUCUCAGGGGAUCUACUGUCCUUGUUCAGGAGGGAACGUCAGAACAAGAGAAGCAGCUUGGAGUAGCAGCAUCAUCGGUGCUAUUAGUGCUUCGCAUUGCAAACAAGCAGCAGCGACAGGGUGGCUGCAUUAACACAGAAACAUCAUCAUCAUCAUUAUCACUAUCAACCUCAGCAUCAAUAUCAUUAUCUUCAACAUCAUCAACCGCUUUGAAAAACUCCAUAGUUAAAAUCGAUCAGCAGAUAGCAAGGGAGAGACAGUAUGUUCAAGGAGCACAAAAGACGCUGCAGGCCCGACAGAAAUUGCUCGCAUCAUCUGGCGCCAUGGUCAUGUCUUCAGCGAAACAGCAACGACAAAUCCAACUAGAACUGAAGCAAGCAAUUGCGACUGCACAAGCUAAGAUCGAUCAACUUGUUAAAGAACGAGAGCUUUUGAUCAGUAACAGCGACAAGAAAACAAUUCUGCAGGGAAAUGAACAAGGACACAUUGAGAGUGCUGAUGAUAUGACAAGACAGCAGCAACGCCAUGAUUUCAAAAGUCAGAAAGUAGCAGGAGAAACGAAAUGCGGGUUUUGUCAGGAUACGUUGUGGGGCCCACGUGCUUUGGCAUGUCAGAAUUGUCAAUAUCAAUGCCAUCCGCAAUGUCCGGUCGAUAUUGCAUGUGACGAAUAUAAGCGACUGAUGCAAUGCCCUCCUUAUUAUCUGUGUGCAAAAGAUACGGCCGAGCGAAAUAAGUGGCGACGAUGGCUGGAACGCUCCGUAAUACGAUAUUCUGAUAUCAGCCGGGAGAAAGCGUUGUCGAGAUAAAAUAAAAGAGAGGAUAGGAAAGAAAAGAAAAGAGCGUUAAUGUGCUCUUAACAAGUGUUUAUGUAUAUCAUCAGUUGAGUGAUAUACUGCACUCCUAAAUAUUGCAUGUAUUUUUGCCGCUUUUUGUAUAUAAUGAUAGCUCUUUUUUUUAUAAUAAAAAAAGAAAGACAAAA